UUUCUUAACCAUUUUCUAAUUGCUGAAACCAGUGACAUUCUCUAAGGGCUUAAGGUUUUCAUGAUAUUAUGUGUAUUAGGUUAUAUGCAUUGUCAUAUUCAGCAGAGCAUUAAAUGAGGUCUAAACUUCAGUUUUUUUUCCUUUUCUUUGCUAAACUGGACACAGAAAGAAAUGGGGUUAUUAUAAACUAUUUAAUUUUCGAGAUCUUAGCUUUUAUUUCCAAUUAAACACAAUUUGGUUUGAUGGACUGUUAAAGAUAACCGAACGUUUGAACUUUAAAACACGAAGUGUAUUUUUAUUUAUUUAUUUGUUUGUUUAUUUUUGUUAUUAAUUUACUGGGUGGGAAAAAUCUACUAGACAUAUAAUCUCCCAUGGUCUCCCGCUCUUUGGUUUCCGUUAGAGGGGCGUGGUUGACCCCUGCUGCACCCCGCCUACUAGGUCUGUCCUCGCUCCUACGUCACUGCGCCGAUCACCAUGCAAAUCGCUCCCGUUCUUGCACGCUAUUGGCCGCUGGUUCGGUUUAAUCGCUGUCAAAACCCGUCAUAUGGCCGCCACUUUAACUAACUCCUCAGCUCCACUAGGGAAAGUAGCUCCAAUGCGCUUUCAAUUAACGUGGAUGUAAAACAGCUGUUGGGGACAAGACAAAACAGGCUGCGGGAAGAUAAAAAAAAAAACAAACAAACAAAAAAAAAAACAACAACCAAAGCAACAACGCCAGAACUUCAAACUCACAGCCACUGUUCGGAUUAAAUUCCACUUCAUUCCGGAGUCCUCUUUGCCUUGCUUGUGUUGCACCUGCUCCGGUGGACCAGCGCCGAAAGUUAAUGCUUUUUUGUAUUGGUUGAGAAGUCUUUAAAACCACGUGAAUGUAUAGCAUGAUGAUGGAAACGGACUUGCACUCCCCGGUACCCCAGACCAAUACAAACCCGGGGCAGACAGGUCCGAACUCGGGGAACAAAGCCAACCAAGAGCGCGUCAAACGCCCUAUGAAUGCUUUUAUGGUGUGGUCCCGCGGCCAGCGCCGGAAAAUGGCUCAGGAAAAUCCGAAAAUGCACAACUCUGAGAUCAGCAAGAGACUCGGCGCAGAGUGGAAGGUGAUGUCAGAAGCUGAAAAGCGGCCCUUCAUCGACGAGGCAAAAAGGCUGCGCGCCAUGCACAUGAAAGAGCAUCCGGAUUACAAAUACCGACCGAGGCGCAAAACCAAGACACUGCUUAAAAAGGACAAGUACUCUCUGGCUGGCGGUCUGCUCGGCGGAGCGGCCACGGGCGCGGGAGUUGGCCUCGGGGUGAGCAUGAGUGCAGCCGGUGUAGGCCAGAGGUUAGAAAGCCCCGGGGGUCACGGAGGCUCAGCCGGCGCUGGUUACUCGCACAUGAACGGUUGGGCAAACGGCGCGUAUUCGGGCCAGGUGGCUGCCGCCGCCGCCGCUGCUGCUAUGAUGCAGGAGGCGCAGCUCGCGUACGGGCAGCACCCGGGCACCGGCGCACAUCACCACCAUCACCCCCAUGCCCACCACCAUCAUCCGCACAACCCGCAGCCAAUGCACCGCUACGACAUGAGCGCUCUGCAGUACAGCCCUAUAUCCAGUUCACAGAGUUACAUGAGCGCGUCGCCGCCCGGCUAUGGAGGGAUUUCCUAUUCGCAGCACCAAAACGCGGGUGUUGCGUCGUCGGCCGCCAUCGGCACGCUGAGCUCUUUGGUCAAGUCCGAGCCUAACGUAAGUCCUCCAGUUAGCACGCACUCCAGAGGCCCGUGCCAGGGAGACUUGAGGGAGAUGAUUAGCAUGUAUUUACCGGCUGGAGAGUCCGGAGAACCGUCCGUUCAGAGCAGACUGCACGCUUUACCGCAACACUAUCAGAGCACGACGGCCGGAGUAAACGGGACUGUCCCGCUCACGCACAUUUGAAAUUGUUGAAGAAUGGGAGGGGGGAUUCAGACACACCACCAAAUAUUGACCUCUUUUCGAUGGCCAUUUAACUACUUUUGUACAGAAUGUUUUAAGAUGUCCUUGUAAUUUAAGAUAAAAAUAGAUAUCAUUCCGGUUUCUGUUCCGAGGAACUCGAGAGCUGAUGAUAUGUCACUUAGACUAAACAUGUUUUUUUUUUUUUUUUUUUUUUUAAUUAUACUGUUCAUGAAUUCUAAUUUGACAUUCUUCCUGGCCAUGCCAAAAAUCCCGCGAUGUUUCACCUUGACUGAAGUGUUCCUGUUCACAUAUUUAUUUGUGCAAAUUCAUUUUUAAAAAAAAAAAAUUAAGUUAAUAAGAUCACAUCUAGCAUAACUUGGAUAACUUGGAAAAAAUGUUUCUGGGAAUUUAUAAAGAGUUUCUUGCAUAGCCUAUUACAUUUGAAACAUUUGUACACGUGAAUCUAUGUACCUGAAAUAUGCUGUAACAUUUCUUGUAAAUUGUGAAUAAGUUUUAAUAUUUGAAAAGACUGGCACGUAACUGCUACUGUAUAUAAUUUAUGAAAUGCAUUCCUGCCAGUUUACAUCCUCACUUUGCGCUGACUCAUUGUCUAAAUAAAAUUUGGAAGAAUGUUACGAUGGUUCUAAAAUGUGUUCGUUUUGUUAUUUUGUUCAUGGCAUUGUGUAAUUGUUCCGCUCCUUCUCUCACAUCUUUAUUGGGGGAAUAAUGUGCACCUAUUUG